UAAAAAAAUGUUAUUCCUGAUUUGAGUAACAAUGUUACCAAAAUGAUAUUUGAGAAAACUACAGACAGUUUAUUGCUUCAAACAAGAAACCCGUGGUAUGGAUUGGGGUUGUCUUUCGGACUGACGAAUGCGAAAAAUUGUUCAAAAUUAAGAACGGUGAAAACACCGGAUCAUGAUCGUCUAUUUACAGUCGCAUCUAAUUUGAAAGCAUGCCUAACAACGGAGCUAGCCAUCGACUGGAGCCUGACCGACGAAACAUUGCUUACUCCUCCUUUGGUAAACUAAAGUCACGCGGUACAUUCCAGCGUUCCGUGGUCAUUCGCGCGUUCUUCGGUGCAAGAAGUGUUCAGGAAAGGAUACCAAAAGUUUCAGCAUUACGAGUGCACAGUUAACAAGCUCGUCGUUCAGGGAGUCGUUCAUAAAAUGGUUAACCCCACCAUCACAUACCUUGUCUUUGUUGUUGUCACUAUACCCUGGGUUGAAGGCCAGUUUCCCAGAGUCUGCACUGACCGGGACAGCCUGAGAGACAAGAAAUGUUGUCCUGUCCCUAAAGGCUUCAACGCACUAUGUGGUUACGAUGGAGACAGAGGAGAGUGCCGGGAAUUGGCCAUUCGUGAUUGGACAAUCAAGUACAGCCAUUACCGAUCGUCCCAUAGGGAUGAUGAGAGACACAACUGGCCGCGUGCUCUUUACCACAAAGUCUGCAAAUGCAACGCAAACUAUGCAGGUUACGAUUGCAGCAAAUGCGCGUUUGGCUACUAUGGCAGUACCUGCACUAAGAAGAAAAAUUUGAUACGAAGAAAUUUUCUAAGCCUGACAGCCGAGGAGAAAGACCGAUACAUGAAAUACGUCAGCAUGUCCAAGAAGUAUACAAGCGACUUCGUGGUUACGUCUACUUCUUACAAGGAGAUAAACGAAAUCGUUAUGAACGGUGACGAUCCAAAGCACUUAUUUUAUGAUGUAACUUACUAUGACCUGUUCACGUGGAUACAUUACUAUGCUGCACGUGACACCAUUUUACCUAAUGAUAAAAAGAAUUCUGAUAUCGACUUCGCACACGAUGGUCAGGGAUUUCCCUCAUGGCAUCGGUUGUACUUGUUGGCAUGGGAGAGAACCUUGCAGGAAGUUGGAAACGAUGAAGAAUUUGCCCUUCCUUUCUGGGACUGGACUGGGAAUCCCAAUCAAUGCGACCCAGCAAUUUGCUCUAAAGAGCUCCUUGGCGUAACGGACCAAACUACUGGCACUGUAAAGGGAGAUUACUUGAAUGACUGGUACGUCCUUUGCACCCGCGAAAAAACCGAGGAUCUAACAAAGGCGUGCGACCCCACCGACAAAAGAUAUGGCUUGAAACGGAACACAGAUGAUGAGAAGGAGAAGAAAAAGAAGGAAGAAGGAUAUGAUAUGACAUUUCCAAAAAGAACAGAAGUCAACUUUGCGCUCCGUUUUGAAACCUUUGACCUCCCACCCUUCAGCAAAGAGUCUAGCUGCAAUUUUGAAAACAUCCUAGAGGGUUAUGCCAGCACCGAAUCUGGUCGUCACCAUCCUGACGUCCACGGCUUGCACAACCGGAUCCACAUAGUUAUUGGAGGAGAAAUGGGGGACGUACCUUCGGCAUCAAACGACCCGAUUUUUCCUCUUCAUCACGCGUUUGUGGAUCGUAUCUAUGAAAAGUGGUUGCGGAAGUUUAAGAAGGAUGCGAAUGCGCUAUCCACUUACGAUGCACCAAUUGGUCACAACAGAGAUGACGUCAUUGUGCCGUUGUUUCCGGUUUACACUCACCAACAGAUGUUCAAGAAGUCUUUCGAGUUCGGUUAUGAUUACAAAGACGUCGAUGAAAAAGGCAGGUCUCCUGAUGACGAGAAAGAAGAUGAAUCAAAGUCUUUGGGAGAUUGUCCAACUGGCCCCCCUAUAUCUGCAGCGUCUGGAAAGCUGAUGUGUUGGUGGCUGAUGUCAGUCAUGUUAGUAUGGCAGCUACUGUUGGCUGAUUGAAGACAGGGAGUGGAGAUAAUUAGCCGGCCUUAAGCUCUUAGUAAGUGGAGAUGCGUGAAAUAGAAGGGGGGGGGGGGCAGGAAGCAAGCAACACAGCGGUCAAACGUCGGGCGUGCGCGAGGGGAUCAAUUUUGGCAGGCCGCGCGCCAUUUUUGUACGCAAAACUUUAUAGAAAAACGUAAGUAACAGCUCCUGUCUCCUAAAAUAAACGAAAGAAAAUUGAAACGUACAUCAAAAUCUGUAGAAGGGAAUAAACGUAGAGUUGGACCGCUGUGUUGAAGCAAGCGGGAUGCGGUGGUUGCAGUUACUACGGAGACGUCUGCAGAUUACGCCCGCUUGCCUGCAAGUUAACGCGCGCGCCAUUUUUCACGUGUUCGCUUUUUCGCUCGUCUUCGCUGAUGAGAGGCUGAAACAGGCUAAGAGAGAAGAAGUGAGGAGGAAGGAAGAGAAGAGUAGAAAUGGCAGAGUCGUAGAAUAGAGCACAGUACGAUAAUGUACAGUAGUAUGAAGUACAGUGGACUUACGUCUGGAAAGAUUAGAAAGAAUAACUGAGAAUAAACAAUAUAAGAGGGAUGAGUUAAAUUUUUUAGGAGUUUAGCUGUGCUGAGCUUAGUAAAGAAGUAUUAAGAACAUUACAGAAGCGACUGAUUCGCAUGUGAAGUAAAGUAAUCUCAUAAUCUAACCAUUCAAAAACGCACCAAAGCCUUCAAGAAGACGAAGGUUUUCUUUUUUUUACAUAUGAAAAGGCGCGUUAUAUUAGUACAUCUCGAUAUUUAAAGUCUAAUUUUUGAUUAAAUGCGACCACGAGUGAA